AUGGCGGCGACAAGGAGUGGCAACAGGUUUGCCGCCUUGGGCUCGGAAGACGAGUGCGAGGAGAAGACGGAGAUCUUGGCAAAAAGUACGCCGAAGCGGAGAUUGAAGCGGAAGCGUAGCAAGGUCGACUUGGGUGGCGAAGAAGGUGCUGGAGCGGACGCGGCGCACACAGCGGCGCCAAGGAGCGCGAGGAGGAAGAAGAAGGGGAAGCUACUUGCCCUCAGCCCUGGCCAUGGGGCGGGAGCGGCAGCGGGAGCGGCUGAAGCGAAGGGAGAGGAAGAGGGGGAGCCUGGCGGGGAGCCUGGCUUGCUGCCCACCGGGACCACCAAGACGCUGCAGGGCGGGGUCACCAUCAAGGUGCUUCGAGCGGCUCCCGAGGGAGCACAACUCGCAACAAAGGGCUGCGAAGUGAAGCUCAUGUACGAGGGACGCCUGCCGGACAAGAACGGCCGACGGUUUGACGUCGGAGAGAUUGAUUUCCUUCUCGGAGAUGGCACAAUGCUGCCUGGUUUUGCCAUCGGUGUGGCCGGAAUGGGUGUCGGAGAGCGCCGACUCAUUCGCGUACCCUGGCGGCUUGGGUAUGGGAAGAAGGGGAAGAGGCCGAAGAUCCCUCCAAAAUCCGAUCUGGACUUCGAUGCAUCGCUGACGUUCUGCGGCAUUGACUGGAAGCGACGCGUCAGCCACAAGCCUCCGGAGAUGUCGAACAAGCGACGCGAGGCUGCGAAGAGGCGCGGCAAGAAGCCGAGGCCCACGUAG